GCAACAUCCCCGCUGACAAACUGUCUGGACAGAAGAGGUUUAAAUGGGCUCGAAGCUUUAGUUAAACAUGCAACCAGGUUUUAGGGCAGGAGGGAAGACUAUGGAGGCUCGGGCUAUUUGUGUGUAUUGUUUUGGUGGUGGUCUAUCUUUCACUUGCAGCGGCUGGUUGAGCAAAUUGUCUGGGGCGGAUGACAUUGUAUCCUCCGCGAUCCUUCACCGCGACCAAGAGCCACACAUGAGGGCUGCGACCUUGUCUUCUGUUAAAAACAAUAACAUGUUGAAGAUUCGUUACGCUGGGCACCUAGAGGACUCGUAGAGAGAUGAAGACUCUGGAGGAGCCCCCCUACUUGACGGUAGGGACGGAUGUGAGUGCCAAGUACAGAGGGGCUUUCUGCGAGGCUAAGAUCAAGACUGCCAAGAGGCUAGUCAAGGCAAAGGUGACCUUUAAACCAGAUCUGACCACAGCUGAGGUUCAUGAUGAAAACAUCAAAGGAGUUCUAAAGGUGGGGUCUGUUGUAGAGGUGAAGAAUCAGGAUGGUGUUUACCAGGAGGCCACCAUCAAUAAGCUGACCGAUGCGAGUAUAUAUACUGUUGUGUUUGAUGAUGGCGAUGAGAAGACCCUGAGGCGGUCCUCUCUCUGCCUGAAAGGAGCACGUCACUUUGCAGAGAGCGAGACACUCGACAGACUCCCUCUCACCAACCCAGAGCACUUCGGCACACCUGUCAUCGGCAAGAAGGGAAACCGCGGCAGACGAUCGAACCCAAUUCAAGAAGAAGAAUUGUCUUCAUCCUCCAGCGAAGAGGAGGAGAGCAACAAGCGGCAGAAUGAGGAUCUGUUCGGCAAAGUGGUCUGUGUGGAGGGAGUCGCCACCGGGGAGAAAAAGAAAACCACGUGGUAUCCCGCUCUGGUCAUCUCCCCAGACUGCCACGACGACGUGACUGUGAAGAAGGACAACAUCUUUGUGCGCUCGUUCAAGGAUGGAAAAUUUAACACGGUGCUGCGGAAAGACAUCCGCGAGCUGAACGGGGACUGUCCUCCAAAAGCCGACGCAGGGCUCAAACCAGCUCUGGACGCAGCCUUAGAGUUCCUCCAUCAGUUUGUCGUGCCCAGCUCCUGGAAAACAGAGGUGAAGGAGGAAAGUUCCAGCAGCGAGGAUGAGGAUGAAGAGGAAGAGGAAGGACAGGAGGGGGAUGCAAGCGGCGAAGAUGAGGAGGAGGAAGUGGAGCCGUACCCAGAGGAGCGGGAGAACUUUCUGCAGCAGCUCUACAAGUUCAUGGAAGACAGAGGAACUCCAAUCAACAAGCGGCCUGUUCUGGGCUACAAGAACCUCAACCUGUUCAAGCUCUACAGGCUGGUGCACAAACUGGGAGGCUUCAACAACAUUGAAAGCGGCGCUGUUUGGAAGCUGGUCUAUCAGGAUCUGGGGAUCCCUGUGCUCAACUCUGCCGCUGGCUACAAUGUCAAAUGUGCUUACCGCAAGUACUUGAAUGGAUUUGAAGAAUACUGCACCUCCACUGCCAUCACCUUCAGGAUGGACCUCCCUCUUAAGCAGGCUCCCAAGGGGGAAGUGAAGUCUGAGGGGGAAGCGGUAGCAACACAUGCCCCCUCCUCCAGCUCAGAGGAGCAGAAACCGCCGGUGGAUGGAGAACCGAGUAGCACACAGCUUAUCGUCUGCAAGGACGAGAAGCCUGAUUUGACCCGGAAAAAAACGGAGCCCGAACCAAUAAAAACAGAUGAAAAGGAGAGCGAGAACGACGAUGACGAGGAAGAAGACAGCCCCCUCAAUGGGGACGCAGACGAGGGCUCGUCGACGGCUCGCCUCGGGGGGGAGAGCGUGAAGGAGGAGUGCGACGAGGAGCAGGAGAGCAAAGACAACUCUGGGGAUGACAGCAGUCAGGAGGGGGAGGAAGGGGAGGAGUUUGAGUGUUACCCCCCGGGGAUGAAGGUGCAGGUGAGGUAUGGGCGAGGCCGCAGUCUGAAGACGUACGAGGCCACUGUGAAAGAGGCAGACGUGGAGGGGGGAGAGGUGCUCUACCUGGUGCACUACUGUGGCUGGAACGUCAGAUAUGAUGAAUGGAUCAAAGCAGAGAAGAUUGUGCGCCCGGCAAAUAAGAACGUACAAAAAAUAAAGCAUCGCAAAAAGAUAAAGAACAAAGCGGAGAGGGAGAGAGACAGGCUGGACAGGCUCAAUGAAAGAGACGGCCUCGGCCCUUCGACUAACGCUAACCGCCUCGCGCGCUCCAAAUGUGGCCUGAGCCAGGAUGUCUUUUCCAAGAUGGACGAGGGUGAGGACAAAGGGACUCAGCAGUCUCCAGUCAAGUCUAUAGAAAUUACUUCUAUCCUCAAUGGCCUGCAAGCCUCCGAGAUGUCCACGGACGAAAGUGAUCACGAGGACGAGGAGGGCGAACGUAAUGCGGAGGAUCGUCCUGGGUGCAGGGGCAGCCCCAGAAAGGCCCCACCACCAGAGGCCUCGCACACAUCAGAGUGCUGGGACGGUCCUGAAGCAUCCAAACCUUCCUCUGUCUCAGGGAAGAACCCGGAUGUAGUUGGUCCAGAGGGUGCCGAGAAGCGGAGAAGUCAGGCCGAGUUUGAGGGAGAGGUGAGCAACAGGAAAAGGAAAUCUGACGGUGCAGUGGAGAGGACCCCAAAAGGCCAAUCCAAAGCGAAGACCCGGAAUACAAGGAGUGCCGACUGGUUGCCUGGAGGCUCUCCCAGGAAGCAGCUAGCGGAAAGAGCUACGGGCCCCGGGGAGGAGAGGGGGGGCUUGUCCAGCAGCAGCUCAGAUGAUGAGGGUGCAGCGCGCUCCGAGUCCAAGGCUGAGGAAAGCGAGCGAAGCCGGCCAAAAACCAAAGGUUCGCCUUCCAAGAAAUACAACGGGAUGAAGGAGAAGACCAAAGCUGGCCGGCAAGCUGGCUUUUGGGAGAUUCCUGAGAAGAGGGCCAAAGUGUCUGGGAAUGCGGAGGAACGACCAGCUGUCCGCUCCAAAGGCCAAAAGGACGUUUGGUCCAGCAUCCAGGCCCAGUGGCCGAAGAAGACUCUCAAAGAGUUGUUCUCCGACUCGGACACGGAGGCGGCCAAUUCUCCCCCCCCACCCGCACCGCCAUCCCUGGAGGAGCCGAGCGCCGAGCAGGAGGCCGGUCCCGAGGACGAAGCCUCGGAGGAGCAGAUGGAGAACGACAAACUGCAGGAGUUUCCUAGCAGCGGCAGUAACUCCGUGCUCAACACGCCGCCAACAACGCCCGAGUCGCCCUCAGGAGGAGGGGGCAGCGCCGUGGAAGACUCCUGUCCAGCACAACCUUCCUCCCCGCCCCCGUCCAUACCCCCCGCCCUGCCUUCAGAGCCGGUUUCUGACCCCCUUCCCCCAGGACCCGUACAGGAGGAAGUGGCAGGCGUGCGCAGUGAGACAGACAGCAGUACGGUGGAAGUGGAGAGUCUGGGUGGGGAGCUACCAGAUCUCCCCCAAGAUGAGGGGGCGGGUUCCCCCUCCAAGGGGUUUGACGUCAGUCUGUCCUGCAACAGCAGCAGCAGCGGCAGCCUCGAGCUGAGCAGCAGCAGCCAUCAGGAGAGUGAACAGAAGUCCAAAGCCUCUGUGAGUCAAAAGCGACAGAAAGAACCACAGCCAGUCGUAGUCUCAAAGAAACACAAGCCAAACCGCAAAAGCCUUGGUGUGCCUCCCAAAAAGAAUAGGAAGACAGCUGUCUUCCCUCCUCCAGCCAACAGCAGUGACAGUGAAGACCAGUCAGUUGUUGAGGGCACUGCCAAACAAACUGCCUCCAAGAACAACAUGCCAGACGUGAAGGCUGUCACAUCGCCUAAGCUUCGCGGACGAUCUCCCCCCUCGAGCCAUAAGUACCACAAGCAGGGUGACCCCGACCACAGCCAGCACCGGGACCACCAUGGAAGAUCGCCACGCGUGUACAAGUGGAGCUUCCAGAUGUCUGACCUGGAGAAGAUGAGCAGUCUGGAGAGGAUUUCAUUUCUUCAGGAGAAGCUGCAGGACAUCAGGAACCACUACCUCUCCCUCAAGUCUGAGGUAGCCUCUAUCGACAGACGACGAAAACGCAUGAAGAAGAAGGAACGGGAAAGCACGGUGGCAGCUUCCUCUUCGUCCUCCUCCUCCUCCUCCCCGUCCUCCAGCUCUCUGACUGCGGCAGUCAUGUUGACACUGGCUGACCCCCCGGUGUCAUCUUCAUCCUCUUCUUCUCAGAACUCUGGGGUAUCAGUGGAGUGCAGGUGACAGGACGAACCAGCGAAAAGCCACCGCACUUAGCACUUAACCAGCACCCUGGGGUCAACGCCCCCAUUCCUUUCCAACAGGACGGACAAGUCACCCUGCUAACUCUACCAACUGGGGCACAAAAACCAGACCAGAGACAACAACAACAAAAACAAGAAUCAAGCACUAUUUUCUAUUGACAACUGUUUCCUUGGCAAGCUAAUGGCACUUAAGUGCACUUUUAUGAAGAUUGUUUAGGGGGAUAACAUUUGUCGAAAAAAUAGAAUUACAAUAUUGUCUUUUGCGCUCUUCUUAAUUAACCAUUUAUAAGAAUUGUUUUUGCAAGCAAUAAUUGUUUCCAUUUGAUAAAGUUGUAUUGGUAAGGGUUGAUUUCCAGGGACGACCCCUCCGUGCUCUGUCCUCAAAGCUCAACACGGUACAGCCUGUGCUCGCCAUUCUAUAGUGAGGAAUUCAGAGAAACACUGCCACAUUGGCAGAGCGUACAUAAUGUAUCUUCGCCAUGUUUCUCUGUCCACACUCAUUACAAAAAAGGCCUUUGUGUGGUUAAACCUCAAGUGGUUGACGAUGCUCCUCUCACGUACAGGCACGUGGUCCUGUAUUUGUUUGGAAUGGGUCGAGUCGGGAUUGAAGAAUAGGGUUUCAGACCAUCAUAAGUCCACUGACAGCCUCUGUGGAUGAAUAUUGUAGUGCCUUUUUGUUCUUUUCCAUGGGGCACUUUGAGAAAGGACAGCACUUGUUCUUCUCCUGAUCCUCUUCUCAAAUCAGAGCGUCAGCCGGAAUAAUGUGUUCCUGACAAAAAGACUGUUGAACGCUGUGUGAGAGAACAGGCAUCGAAGGGCUGACAGUUAAUGAUGGUUUUUAUCAGCGUUAUAAUAAUAUUUAAAGAGUAUAAUUGUAAAAGCAGAACUCCUAAACUGGAUCACCCGUAAUCUACUACUGAAUACUCAUCCAGCUUGGGUGUAACUGCUAAAUUUGGCAGUAUAAACUGUGCAAUGAUGGAGUUGGUCACAUUACUCCAGUUCAUCAGCCUUUUUAAAAGCCCAUCUGCUUUAUUUGAUGUUUCCAUCACCUAUUUAAUCUCCCCUGGACCCAUCAACUUCACUGAAGAUUUGCAACUGGAUCAAGUUAACGUGAAGGCAGCUCAGUGCUGCAAAACACAUGAAUGAAGCUUAAUCCCAUUUUUCAGUGUUUCAAACAAACAUGAAGUUACUUAAUUAAGUAUAUAUUUUUUGCUUUGUUAAAUAAAGCAACGCAUACUCUUUUGGCAUUUCUUUUAUAAUUUUACUCAUGAUCAAAAAUGACAUGCCAGCUUCCUCUCAUACUCAUCCCUACCAAAAAAAUGUUUGGUUCUGUUUCCUGUACUUUGACCAGAUUAAAAGGUAAAGAUAUUGUAAAUGUGCAUUUAUAUCAUAAAGUGACAUGUGUAUACAUUUCUGAAGACAUCUCCAGUGUUUCCUUUGUAUAGAACCCCUACUGUAUGAUAACCUGAAGUUACAUUUUGUUUGGCACUUGUAUGUAAUUGUAUGCUUUUGUUAUACAUUUGUAUAUUGAGAAGUGUUUUGAGUCAGGCUAUUUAAUAUCUUGCACUGUUAAUAAUAUGUACCUUUCUGUACAGACAGUUUUACGGUUUUAACUGCAGUUUGAGUGUAAAUACUGAGGGUUUAAGCAUGUUUUUUCUUCCUUUUAUCCUAUUUCUUGUUCUGUUGUAGGAAGAGAUUUAUUUUUGAGUUCAUUUAUGUUUUGCCUUUUUUCAUCAGUUAAACUACCCUUUUCAGUUUUACGUUUUGUUUUAGUUUGUACUGUUCUGUUUUUUUUCUAUAGCUUGUACUUGUAAGAGAAUAAUGGGGGUUUUGGAUGAGGAUAAACUAUUCCCAACCUGUACAUGGCCUGAAGCUACAGCUGUAUGAACCUGUAUAUGGAAACUAGUCUGGACCAUAGAUUAAGAGAGAGUAAUGGAGCUUAUUGGAAAAAUGCUCAAUAGUAUUUAUUAGGCUCAUCUGACGAUGGUCAUUGUGUAAUUUAUUGUAAAAAUGUAAGCAAAGCAGAAGCCUCUGUUUGAAAUAAAUGCCAUAGUUUGUGAAGUAUU